CAGAAUGCCAACAGAACAGUGCGUGAAACUUUUAAGGGUCACCAGUAUGUCACAGAAGUCACUGCGAAGAAAGGCACAAAGCUGGCAAGCGAGCAAGCGAGAACGUAAAAGGGUCAAGAAAAGAACCAAGUUCAUGGCAUGGUCGAGCACGAGGCUGUAACCCAGAGCCAAAGGAAGGCAUCCAUGUCAGAGUGAAGCUGACUGUUCUGCUCCGGCAUCACGCAAUGGCAUGUGACGCAAUGGCAUGUGGCCUGCCUGAUAUGGUGGCCGUGGCGUCGUUCCUCUACCGAAGAAGAGGACCCAAUUCCCUCCCUCUUUAAAAAUUGCAAGCUGCAAGCCAUUCUCUCGGCAUCUCAGAAGUGAAGAAGUAUCACCUACUGGUGGUAGUAACUAAGUCAUAGCAGCUACCCAGUAACCACGGUGAUGAAGCUCCCCACCGUCGUCUUGGUCCAGAUCCUCCUCCCAAUGCUGCUCUCGCUUUCUGCUAUCCAAGGCGCGGACGCCGGCGGCAUCGGCGUCAACUACGGCACGCGGGGGACGACCCUCCCGCCGCCAGCCGACGUGGCGCGGUUCCUGGCCCGCGACACCCUCGUCGACCGCGUGAGGCUCCUGGACGCCGACCCGGCGGUGCUGCAAGCCUUCGCCGGCACCGGCCUCGCCAUGGACGUGACGGUGCCCAACGGCGUGGUCCCGCGCCUCGUGAGCCUCGCCUUGGCGCGGCGGUGGGUGCGCGAGAACGUGGCGCCCUACGCGCGCGCCACCAACAUCUCGCGGCUCCUCGUCGGCAACGAGGUGACCACCGAGGCCAACCGGACGCUGCUGCUGGCCCUCGUGCCGGCCAUGCGGAACCUGCACACGGCGCUGGUGGCCGCGACCCUGCACGACCGGAUCAAGGUCUCCACCACGCACUCGCUCGGGGUCCUGACCACGACAGAGCAGCCGUCGGCCGCCCGGUUCCGCGACGGCUACGACACGGCCAUCGUGAAGCCGCUCCUCCGAUUCCUCCGCGCGACGGGCGCGCCCUUCAUGGUGAACGCGUACCCGUUCUACGGGCUCACCAGCGACACGCUGGACUUCGCCCUGUUCCGGGUGAACGCCGGCGUCAUGGACGAGGGCUCCGGCCUCGUGUACAGCAACAUGCUCGACGCGCAGCUGGACGCCGUGCACUCGGCGAUCAGGCGGCUGGGCUUCGGCGACGUGGACAUCGCCGUGACCGAGACCGGGUGGCCGUCGGCCGGGGAGGACUGGGAGCUCGGCGUGGGCGCGGACCUCGCCCGGGACUACAACAAGAAGGCCAUCCGGCACCUCGGGUCCGGCGUCGGCACCCCGCUCAUGCCCAACCGCACCUUCGAGGUCUCCAUCUUCUCCCUCUUCGACGAGAACCUCAAGCCCGGGCCGGUUUCCCAGAGGAACUUCGGCCUGUUCCGUGGCGACAUGACGGCGGUUUACGACGCCGGCAUCUUUACUUCUCCGGAGACCGUUGUGCCGGUGAGCACGAAAGUGACGCCGGCGGCGGCUGGCCGGCGGCAAUGGUGCGUGCCCAAGCCGGGCGCGGACGAGAUGAUGCUGCAGGAGAACAUCGACUUCGCGUGCGGGCAAGAGGGCGUCGACUGCGCGGCGAUCCGGGCGGGCGGCGUCUGCUACGAGCCGGACACAUUGCAGGGCCACGCGGCGUACGCUAUGAACCUCUAUUUCCAGUCCAAUGGCCAGCACGCGUUUGACUGCGACUUUGGUCAGACCGGCCUUGUUACUACAGCUGACCCCAGUUACGGGGGAUGCAAAUUCAUGUGAAAAGGACCCGUCGUCACACAUAUAUCAACUUAGCAUAGAAGACAUCUUCUAUUUUUGUGUUCAAUGUGUCUGUUCUUAGUGUACACACAAAAGUAUAGUAUAAAAGUAGUCACAUGUGCUCUGGGAGCAAUGCGCAGCUUAUAAAUCUAUCUUAUUAUUACUAA